UAUUUUUGUGCUGCAUAAAGUCAACUUUUUCGUGCUCCAAACAGUUUUUUUCGCUCACAAUGGAGGGCUUUCGUCGCUUGGCUCAGAAUCUGUUCACACCCAAGGAAAUUACACGCUUUCUGGCCAUGAAGAACCGCCUGAGUCAAAGGUUUUUCAAUAUGGCAAAACUAAAGACAAAUUUUGGCACACAAUUUCUGGGCACUAACCUAAAGUCACGUUUCUUCUCAGCGCAUAAAGAGACAACAGCAGAAGAUUGUCCCAAACAGAAACCCGCACCCGAGUGUGAGGAUGAUUAUGGUUACAAGCCAGGGCCACCCUACGAGCCAGGCGACACACACUACUGGUAUCCGGAUCCGGAGUAUCUCAAGGAAUAUGCCAGCGUGGUCAUGUAUCCCACCGGGCAUCAGUGGCAGCAGCGGCCCAAGGCAACGGGCAAGACGCCACCGCCAGUGGAUCGCACAUUUCGCACAAAAUUCAUCAACUUUGGGCCCGCCCAUCCGGCGGCGCAUGGCGUGCUGCGUAUGAUCCUGGAGCUGGACAACGAGACGGUGCUCUCGGCGGAUCCGCACAUUGGACUGCUGCACCGCGGCACUGAGAAGCUGAUCGAAUACAAGACCUAUGUGCAGGCAUUGCCCUACUUUGAUCGCUUGGACUAUGUCUCCUGCAUGGCCAACGAGCAGGCCUACGCCCUGGCAGUGGAGAAACUCCUGAACAUCGAAGUGCCACGUCGUGCGCGCUUCAUACGCACUAUGUUCGCGGAGAUAAUGCGCCUGACCAAUCACACAAUGGCCAUAUCGUCUUCGAUCUUGGAUUGUGGUGGCAUUACGCCGCUCUUCUGGUUGUUCGAGGAGCGCGAGAAGCUCUACGAGUUCUCGGAACGUGCCUCGGGGGCUCGUCUGCAUGCCGCCUACAUCCGUCCGGGUGGUGUGGCCUCCGACAUACCAUUGGGCUUCUGCGAGGAUCUGUAUUACUUCAUCAAUCACUUCAAGGAUCGGCUGGACGAGGUGGAGGAUCUGGUCACAGAGAAUCGCAUCUGGCGCAUGCGCAACAUCGACAUUGGGCGCAUCACAGCGCACGAUGCCCUCAAUUACGGAGCCACGGGUCCCGUGCUGCGGGCCUGUGGCAUCAAGUGGGAUCUGCGCAAGCAGCAGCCCUACGAUGCCUACGACGAGGUGGACUUUAAUGUCGUUGUGGGCUCCAAUGGCGACUGCUACGAUCGCUAUCUCGUCCGCAUGCGUGAGAUGCGCGAGUCGCUGGACAUCAUCCUGCAGUGUAUCGAGUGCAUGCCACCGGGUGAGAUCAAGGUGGACGAUCGCAAGAUAACACCCCCACAGCGUAGCAACAUGAAGACAGGCAUGGAGGAUCUCAUACAUCAUUUCAAGCACUUUUCCCAGGGCAUCUUUGUGCCGCCCGGCCAAACCUACACCGCUGUGGAGUCGCCCAAGGGCGAGUUCGGUGUCUAUCUGGUGUCCGAUGGCACCACACGUCCCUAUCGCUGCAAAAUACGUCCGGCAUCGUACGCCCAUCUGGCGCUGAUGGCCAAGCUGGCGCCCAAUCAUUUGCUGGCCGAUGUGGUGGCCAUUAUUGGUUCCCUCGAUAUAGUCUUUGGCGAGAUAGAUCGCUAAGAGAGUCACUCAAAUUUAAUUACUACAUGUACAUGGUACAACUACAUACAUACAUAGAUUGCUGUGCGUGUCAUUCCAAUUAAAAUUUGGAUAUUUAUUGUUUGGAAUAUUCAU